AAUCCAGAUUUGUUCUUUAGUAUUGACGGAAACCUAAAGUUGGAAGAAGUUAUAAGAAAUGUUUCAUCAAAAUUCUAUUUAAACGAUAGUGAAUGUCCCCUAAGUUAUGAACCGAGUGGAUAUGAUUUCCUCUCCCCCUGCCUUCAGGAAGCAGAUCUAAUGGCAAGGUUGAUAGAGGACCCUGAGGAAUAUAUUGGUUGGUUGAACCGGUUCCUCCCUCAGCUCUUUGAUCAGGAGUUUAAUCUGCAACCUGGAGAGGUAUUAGAUCGUACAGAUGGUAAACUGGUUCAUCUAGAUGGACUCAACUUUUCUCGGGCCUGGGCUCUCUUCAAUAUAGCUGAUAAAAUAGCUGAUCAAGAUAUGAAAUCUCGUCUGGUUAGAAUGGGAGAUGAACACAUUUUGAAGAGCAUUGAUUAUGUUGUUGGAAGUGAUUAUGCCGGCUCUCAUUGGUUGGCAUCAUUCCUCUUCAAUGCUUUGGAAGUCAGAAACAAAAACAAUAUUUCAAGCUAAUCAAUCCAUGUUUCAACUGAUUGGUGAUAUUCAAUAUCUUUCUAUUGAUUGGUAAUCAAUUCAAUCAAUUCCUUUUUCAGUUGAUUAAUUCAAUCCAUUAACGAAUUUUUUCAGUUGAUCGUUAAUAAAUUCAAACAAUAUAUUUAAUUUUCUGUUGAUCGUUAAUCUUUU